AUGUAUAAUUACAUUAAAGAGACGGGUGGGGACGAUGCUCACUUCGUUUGUGUAAAUGAGAAAGUGAUUGGUGUUACUGAUGGUGUUGGUGGCUGGGCGGGUAUUGGAGUUAAUGCUGGACUAUAUGCCCGUGAACUCAUGUCUAAUUCAGUGGGAGCAAUCUUGAACGAGCCUAAGGAUGGGAUUGAUCCUUUCAGGGUGUUAACUAGACUAGAGCCCAUUCUGCUACAAAAGUUAAGGGAUCCUCAACAGCCUGCAUCGUAUGUCUUAAAGAAAAAAGGAGAUGGCUGCACUGUCUUUGAGUCCCCUGUGCAGCAGCAUGGUUUUAACUUCACGUAUCAGCUGGAGUGUAGUAGCAGAAGUGAUCAACCAAGUUCCGGGCAGGUGUUUAUGAUUCCCGUGGUACCUGGAGAUGUGAUUGUUGUUGGGACAGAUGGAUUAUUUGACAAUCUAUUCAGCAACGAGAGAGCUCUAGACAGACAUAAGCAAACCCCAUUCUCUACAGCAGACAAGGAAGUAGGAUUCAGAUACUACGGUGGAAAGCUUGACGACAUAACAGUCGUAGUUUCUUAG